UCAGCAGAGAUCAGUGUGGAGAGAAGAGUGAAGAAGAACAAGAGUUUGUCCUGUGGAGGGAGAGACGGAACAUACUGAGCAUCAAAUCAGGAUGUUUGUUCUGAUCUGGGCAACGCUGCUUUUUUCUGUGAGUGACAGCAGUGCAGACACAGGUGCCUCAGCCUGGGGACAACAACACUGUGACAGAGAAUACUGUGUCACUCUUAAUAAGGAGGAACUAAGAGCAGAGGCUGGACUCUGUGCUGUGAUCCCGUGUUCUUUCAAGACUGCCUUUAAAGCUCAGCAUAUAGCCUGGUAUAAAUGUGAAGCGUCUGAACCAACAUGUCGUUAUCCUCUCGUAGUAUUUCACACUAAGAACAACAUUAACGUUCAGUCUGGGUUUGAAGGACGAGUGUCGCUUCUGGAGCCUGAUGUGAGUCAGAACAACUGCAGCAUCAUCAUUAAUGAUCUCAAAGAGUCUGAUUCUGGAUUGUAUCACCUCAGAGUUAAUGGUGAACUGAACGGGAAACAAGAAGGAUUUUCAUUUUCUCCUAGAGUAACUGUCUCUGUAAAAGGUCUUAAACAGAAGCCCACAGUAACGAUUCCCACACUGACAGAGGGACAGCAGGCCACACUGACCUGCACUGCUCCUGGUCUCUGCUCUGGACCUGUACCUGAAAUCACCUGGACAUGGAGAGGAGCAGGAGGGAAUGAAUCGCAUAUUACAGGAAACAUCACUGACUUCAAGACUGAGAAUCUGACUGCUUUCACACAGAGACACGUCUCAUCUUUAACCUUUAAUCUAUCGGCUGAACACCACAACAGCAGUGUCACCUGUAAGAUCAGUUUUACAGGUGAAACGACGACACAAGAGACUUCAACUUUGAAUGUGAAGUAUUUGAAGGAAGUUCAAAUCACUGGUGUCACAACAUUAAGGGAGCAUGAGACACUGAAUCUGACCUGCAGUGUUGAAAGUGUCCCUCCAUCUCUGAUUAUCUGGUCUAAACUUGGUUCAAACACAACCCUGCACAAUGACACUGGAUCAGCAACACUUGUCAUCCUGAAUGCAACAAUGGAACAUUCUGGACUGUACGUCUGUACAGCUAACUAUAUGGACAAUACCCUGAAAGAGAUAGUCAAUGGAACAGUGAUGUAUAAAAGGAAACCUGAGAUCAUUGGGAAUACAACUGUUAAUGAGGGAGAUGUUCUCAAUCUGACCUGCAGUGUUGAAAGUUUCCCUCCAGCUCUGAUUGUGUGGAAAAAAAUCAUUUCCAACACAAACCUUCACAAUGGAACUGACACAAACCUGCACAAUAACACUGGAUCAGCUACACUUGUCAUCCCAAAUGUGACAGCAGAACAUUCUGGACUUUACAUCUGUACAGCAAAACAUCUGGACACAACAAUGACUGUACAUGUCAGUGUGACUGUGACUUAUUCAAGGAAACCUCAGAUCACUGGGAAUACAACUGUAAAAGAGGGAGAUGUCCUGAAUCUGACCUGCAGUGUUGAAAGUGUCCCUCCAGCUCUGAUUGUGUGGAAACAACUUGGAUCGAACACAAACCUGCACAAAAACACUGGAUCAGCUACACUUGUCAUCCCAAAUGUGACAGCAGAACAUUCUGGACUUUACAUCUGUGUGAGCAAAUACAUGGACAAUACCCUGAAGGAGAAAGUGAAUGUAACAGUGCUGUAUUCAAGGAAACCUCAGAUCAUCGGGAAUACAACUGUUAAUGAGGGACAUGCCCUGAAUCUGACCUGCAGUGUUGAAAGUUUCCCUCCAGCUCAGAUUAUUUGGAAAAAAUUAUGUUCCAAAUCAGACCUUCACAAUGGUACUGAUACCGACUUGCUUAAUAACACUGGAUCAGCUACACUUGUCAUCCCAAAUGUUACAGCAGACCAUUCUGGAGAGUACACCUGUACAGCUAAACAUCUCGAGACACUUGUGACUGUAGAUGUCAAUGUGACUGUUACAGAUGCAGCCACCUAAUGUUUCCGCAUCCAGCCAGACGUCGGCCAGCUGAAG